UCCCACUUUCCAGCACGGACCCUACUACUCCGUAUCGCAUCUCCGAAUUCAUAACUACCAAAGAUACCCCGCGAUUUUCUUCAACUUCAAACUUUCAACUUCACAAACACUCUUCACAAUGGCCGACACCCACACCUACGAGUUUGACAUUGCCAUGAGCUGCGGCGGCUGCUCUGGCGCCAUCGACCGCGUCCUCAAGAAGCUUGACGGUGUUGAGAGCUACGAGGUCUCCCUCGAGAACCAGUCCGCCAAGGUCAUCACUGCCCUCCCUUACGAGACCGUCCUCCAAAAGAUCGUCAAGACCGGAAAGACCGUCAAGUCAGGCAAGGCGGAUGGUAUCGAGCAGUCGAUCGAGGUUGCUGCUUAAGCAACAGACUAAACCGAAUAGAAGCAUUAUACGAUCAAUUAUUCUGAAUACCCAUUAGCCUUUGGUGUUUAAAGUCCUGGACAAGGUGGGCAGGAGGGAUGUCUGAUUUCGCGAACCAAAUCCUCAUAAAUCAAUAAGAAAGAAUAUGGCUGCACACAUUGUUGGUGGCAUGCCCCUUUGGA